AUGCUAGAUGUGUCAAAGUUUGGGUCUUUUAUUGUCGAAUUUAGCUGGGACAUUCCUGAAAAGAAAAAGCUUGAAGAGGAUAGUAGCACUGAUCCUUCUCUUAAUGCUUCUCAACGCUUCAAGCUCGACUUACCUCGUUGCUGCGAGAAAUCUGUUGAAACGAAGAAGAAUCUAUCGCCUGAUGUUAAAGUCCAGAGCUCUCUGAAGCAAGAGAUUCAAGAGCUUGAGAAAGAUUACAAAACCAGUUUGAUGUUCGUGGCUCUCUAG